AUGGAACUGAGAAACCCUUGGAUUUUGAAAAGACUGGAAGCAGAAGGCAAAUCAGGCAUCCAGCCGUUACAAAUUGUAUCUGUAACACGGUGGAGAUACUUGGUUCAGGCGAAAGUGGGAACUGAAACACCCACCUUGGACAAUAGCACGACGCUUAGUGACAUGGCCAAAGGUGCUCCACGCAAACACCCUGCGAAACGAGCAGCUACUCGCAUGUCUGAGCGAGCAGACCGCUGUGGUAACCCUGCAGAAAAGAAGACAAAUCCGGAACCGGGAAUAUUGGGCGCAAUCCUCGAACCCGAGUACUACUUCAAGGCUUCAAGACUCCUAUCCAGUCCUUGCGGUACGUUCGCGCGUGGUUUGAAUUUUCGAAUAUCUGGUAGUAAAAAUUUGUGGUUGAAAACUAGUGAAAUAUCUAUAGAUUCGUUUUAG